AUGUGGUGUAAAUUUGACUACAAGUCUCCUCCACCCCCGCCGUCUAAAUCACCACCGCCUCCUUAUGUCGACGUAUUCCCACCAAGUUCCUACAAGUCUCCACCUCCUCCAUCUAAAUCACCACCGCCUCCUUAUGUCGACGUAUUCCCACCAACUGACUACAAGUCUCCACCCCCGCCGUCUAAAUCACCACCGCCUCCUUAUGUCGACGUAUUCCCACCAAGUUCCUACAAGUCUCCACCUCCUCCAUCUAAAUCACCACCGCCUCCUUAUGUCGACGUAUUCCCACCAACUGACUACAAGUCUCCACCCCCGCCGUCUAAAUCACCACCGCCUCCUUAUGUCGACGUAUUACCACCAAGUUCCUAUAAGUCUCCACCCCCGCCGUCUAAAUCACCACCGCCUCCUUAUGUCGAUGUAUUCCCACCAACUGACUACAAGUCUCCACCCCCGCCAUCUAAAUCACCACCGCCUCCUUAUGUCGACGUAUUCCCACCAAGUUACUACAAGUCUCCAACCCCACUAUCUAAAUCACCACCACCUCCUUAUGUCGAUGUAUUUCCACCAAGUUACUACAAGUCUCCACCCCCUCCUUCUCCAUCACCGCCUCCACCAUAUGUCUAA